AUGAAAAGGCAAAAUCAAAGCUCUGUGGUUGAAUUCAUCCUCUUGGGCUUUUCUAACUUUCCUGAACUCCAGCAGCAGCUCUUUGGGGUUUUCUUGGUCGUCUAUCUGGUAACCCUGUUGGGAAAUGCCAUCAUUAUAGUCAUCAUCUCCUUGGAACAGAGCCUCCAUGUUCCCAUGUACCUGUUUCUGCAGAACUUGUCUGUUGUGGAUAUGAGUUUCAGUGCAGCCAUUAUGCCUGAAAUGCUGGUGGUCCUCUCUACUGAGAAAAUGUCAAUUACUUUUGCAGGCUGUUUUGCACAGAUGUAUUUCCUUCUUCUUUUUGGUUGCACUGAAUGUUCUCUCCUGGGGGUGAUGGCUUAUGACCGAUUUGCUGCAAUCUGUCACCCUCUGAGCUACCCAAUGCUUAUGAACAAAAGGGUUUUCAUGAAAUUAGUAAUGUUCUCAUGGGUCUCAGGGAUCAUGGUGGCUACUGUGCAGACCACAUGGGUUUUCAGUUUUCCCUUCUGUGGCCCCAAUGAGAUCAAUCAUCUCUUCUGUGAGACUCCCCCAGUGCUAGAACUUGCAUGUGCAGAUACCUUUCUGUUUGAAAUCUAUGCAUUCACUGGCACCAUUUUGAUUGUCAUGGUUCCUUUCGUGUUGAUUCUCUUGUCUUACAUCCGGAUUCUCUUUGCCAUCCUGAAGAUGCCAUCAGCCACUGGGAGGCAAAAGGCCUUUUCCACCUGUGCCUCCCAUCUCACGUCUGUGACCCUCUUCUAUGGCACAGCUAGUAUGACUUAUUUACAACCCAAAUCUGGCUACUCCCCAGAAACUAAGAAAGCCAUGUCAUUGGCUUACACGUCACUCACACCUCUGCUGAAUCCACUGAUCUACAGCUUGAGAAACAGUGAGAUGAAAAGAGCUUUGAUGAAACUGUGGCAAAGACAAGUGGAUUCACAUCCAUUCUGGUUGUACUGA